CGAUUCUACGGUUGGGUGACAACAAUCACAACUAAACCGAAAACUACGGUUUCCUGACAAAAUAAAGGUAGUCGUCGUGAUUUUCAAAUAAAGCAAACGUACUGCGUGAUUCAUAAGCUUGGAUCUGUAGAGUAAUAAUUUUCUACAAAGCUGGCGAAGAUGGUAUUAGCAGAGAAAAAUAGUGAAAACAUUCGGAACGGUAGAAGAAGUCGGGGACCAAGCCCAAACGGUCACGUACAAGCAGAUUCCACCAGCGAGGACGAGAGUAGUGUACCAGUAGAUAAAAUCAGAGUAGGACGUGACUAUCAAGCCGUGUGUCCAGAAUUACAACCUGAAAGUCAAAGGAAGCCCGAGCUUUUGGCUGAUAGGGCAUUGCUAGUAUGGUCACCAACAGAAUCUAUCCCAGAAUCCAAACUGGAAGACUAUAUAGUCCUGGCCAAAGAUAAGUAUGGAUACAAUGGAGAACAAGCCCUUGGAAUGCUUUUCUGGCACAAGCAUGACUUGGAGAGGGCCAUGCUGGAUUUAGCCAACUUCACACCCUUUCCAGAUGAAUGGUCUGUGGAGGACAAAGUUCUCUUUGAACAAGCCUUUCAGUUUCACGGGAAGAGUUUUCACAGGAUACGCCAAAUGUUGCCUGACAAAACUAUAGCCAGUUUGGUCAAAUAUUACUACAGUUGGAAGAAAACUAGAUCUCGUACCAGCUUGAUGGACAAACAAGCCAGAAAAUUGAACACCCCUAAAGAAGAAGGAGCCCCUUCGGAAGCAGGAUCUGAAAAUGGUUCCAACGAAGAAUCUGAUCAUGAGGAUAAGGGUGAGGGUGGAGCGUGCUCAAACUGCGGAGUCAUCUGCACGGUAACGCAGGUCACUGCGAAAGGAAACCUAUGUAACUCUUGCUUCCAGCACUGGAGACGAACCGGUCUGUUGAGGCCCACGUCAGGGCCGACGGGUGGUAAGCGCGGCCCCUCGUUGGGGGCCCGCCAUAAGCGAAAGCCCCCACGCGGCAUGUUCAUCAACCACGACGACCUCGCUGCGAUGGCGUCAGGUAAUACUGGCGUUGUGAUGCUUAAAGCCAUGGACCGAGAGCUCGAUUCCCUUCAGAGACAAAUCCAACAAAACAAGCAGACCAUCAGUUCCUUAAAACGCAAACAUUCCGACUCGAUCGAAGAUCUUCGCCCCAGUAACGAGAACAACUCCAGAUUCAACGCGCGCUGGACGAACGAAGAGCUUCUGUUGGCCGUUCAAGGCGUCAGAAAAUACGGCAGAGACUUCAAAAGCAUCGCAGACGUCAUCGGCAACAAGACAGAGCACCAUGUACGCACCUUCUUCAUCAACUACCGCAAGCGAUACAACCUGGACAGCAUCCUAAAGGAUUGGGAAAAGGAGCACGGUCCUCUACCUGAGGAGAUAUCCGAUUUAAAGAGUGAAAAUGACGAUAACGACAAUGACGUCAUCUGCAUAUCGCCCACACCCACGCCUACGCCGACGAAGAAAGAGAUAAAAAACGGGAAAGUGUCUCAAGUAGCCAAAUGAUGAUUUUGCGUUUGUAUAUGAGCUUUUUUAUUUAUGCUAUACGAACUAGUUUGUAGAAGCACUUAAAUGAUAUAGGGGUGGACAGUAAGAUCCAAAAUAAUAAAAAAUAAGGUAUAUAACAUUAAAAUUUCCCUGUCAGACAUAUUACUGUUCGGAUUAAUUUUGACAAAUGAGAAAAAACCAAAUUUUUUCUAAAAUCUUAUUUUUUAAUCAUUACAUACCAUAAGCAGACUGAAAAUCUAUAUAUUAAAGUAGAAGCCACAGUUAGAAUGCAGUGCAGGUAGCAUAGGGCAAUGUAUGCGCACACAACAAUUGCCUACGAUUGUAUACACGCACCUACCACUGUGCCGACAUGAGCGGCAUCCUUCCGCAACACUACAUCUAAACUCUGGCCUUUUAGUAUAGUAGGAAGUAUGUCAUUCUUUAGCAAAAAUGACCUCUCCAACACGUCUUGGCAUUGACUCACUAGUUUAGCACACAUGUUCUUGAUCUUAUCAUCGUUGAACCACAUUUGUAUAGCACUUGUUAUCAUUUUUUCUUUUGUAGUGCAAUUCAUCUUAGCUAAACGUUCGUUGAGAAUAUUCCAUAACUUCUCAAUGGGAUUUAGGUCUGGUGAAUUACCAGGCCAAUCAUGCAGUUUUACUUACUAAUUGUGACAAGGAGCCAAGUCAUGUUGGAAUGUUCCGUCAAAUGUUUCCAUAAAUGGAACAAUCCUGCGUAAUAUAUAUCUUAUCGACAGAAAAGGUAGAUACUGGUACUGUGGCUGAUGGAGUUGAAGUUGAUUGAUUUUCUAAGUCGCUUUACGAUUUGGCGUGCAAAAAACCCCUUUAAGAAAAGAAAAAGACUUAUGGUUAAAUGAAUUAGAAAAAUAAUUCAAGACUUACCACACAAUGUGGGUUUCUUUACUACUUAAAAAACUUAAAUUAACAUCAGCAGCUAUUUGGACAACAAACUAAGAAAUGCAAUGAAAUCGUGGUGAUGGACUAUUUAUAGCUUUAAGCAGAUAAUAUAUCAUCAGUGGUGCUACAGACCUAGUUGAUCCUCGAUCUUCCCCAGUCUAUUUCACCAGUCGUUUCUGUUCUUCGUCAAUCGUUGCCAAUUUGCUGCGCGGAUCUUCCUGGUAUCUUCGUCCACGUCGCCCCUCCAUCUCAGUCCUAAUUUACUCUACUUCUAUUUCCUAUGGUUCUGCUAAUAAAGUUGGUCUAGGUGGGUAAUUUUCAUUUGCUCUUGACACUUGUUCAGCCCAUCUAAGCAUACUUAAUGUACAGACCUGCACAAAUAUAUGUGAUUUAUCACUAAAAAUCAUCUUUUUCCAAUCGUCUCCAGACUUUGAUCGGUAUUUUCUAGCUCAAGCUAAACGUUUUUCAUCAUUCUCUGAGUUAGAAAUUGUUUUUUCUUCACUUUUCUUGCCUUUCGGCAAACUUCAGAAGCCUUUUCUGUACAGGCUUCUAACAGUUGUUUUCGUUAAUUUAGUGGCAUUGCAUUACAAAUAAUUUUAGUAUUGAGUAGUUUCUGCAAAUACUGUCGUUCUGCAGAUUCUUCAAUAUUCAGCUUCAAUUCCUUGACAAGUACAUUAAUCUUUUCUGCAACUCACAUUCUUGAGUGAACGUUAUACUUCUUUAACAAACCAUAUGAAACAUUUGUAUAAAAUCUUCCUAGUUUCUAUUUGCAACUUGCUGAUGUAAACUGUUACAAAGUCUUGUAUUCCACCAUCGAGGUUUUUGAUUUCAGGUUCAAAUUUUAUGUUCUUUCUAACAUAGCCUGAUCUUUAAGAUUCCACGGUAAGUGCCAAGAACGACAUUUUAUAAUGGCACCAUAAUCGUUUUAUUCGUGCCACUAGUGUCCGUAGACUUUAAUUCCUCACUCAAAUCAAAGUACUGAAAUAAAAUUUCAACUCUUAUUUCCCACUAUUGAUAGAUCAUCUCUUUGUGUAUUCAGUAACUGAAGACACGUGUUAUUGAAUCUAAAUAGGGUACCAUCUCUAAUGUGUGGGACAGCCAUACACUUCAUAACGAACUAGCUGAAAUACUACUAUAUUUAGAUUCAAUAAUGGCGACAGACACCAACGUUACAUUCUAAAGAACAUUUAGAAAUUAUUCUGAAAUUGGAUAUAACUUUAUUGCAUGAAGAUUGUUACAAGGAAUUUGACGAAAUAUCAAGCUCAACAAGAAACUAAUACUCAAUACGAUUUAAAUUUCUUGGACUUAUCUUCUCAAGUUUUUUUUAUCGUUUUACACGGAAUGGGCGAAAAUUGUCUAAAUAAAAUGUAGAUACGUUUCUUCAGUUACUGACUACAAGCCAUGACCUAUCAAUAAUGGCAAACAGAGUUGCAAUUUUAUUUCAGUACUUUGGUUUAAGUUAGGAAUUAAAUGCUAUGGACCCUACUUUCAUGAAUAAAAAGAUGAUGGUGCCCAUUUUAAAAUGAUGUUCUUGACAUUUACUGUGGACUCUUAAAUUAAAGAACAAGCUGUGUUAAAAAGGACUGAAAAUUUGAACCUGAAGAUCAAGAACCUUGUUGGUGGAAUGAUACUUUGUAACAGUUUGCAUUGACAUGUUGCAAAAUGUUUAUGUUUAUAGAAACAAGGAAGAUUUUACACAACUGUUUCAUAUGUUUUGUAAAACAUAUACAGUGGGUGAUCAUAUUAUUAGAGCCACCUUACUUUUGUUUAAUAAUGGUAUGUAAGUUUUUUCUUUAUACGGUCCACGUUGCCUUUGAAACUUUAGAAAUGGAUGCUAUGUUUCUGUUGAAGUGAUUAGUAUUGAAUAUUAAAGUUUUUAUUUCUGCUAUUUUCCUUGGUGAGAUGUCUUUGGAUUUCCCCUGAUGUUCUGGUACCACUAGUGUAACGAACGCGCAAUUUUUACUAAAUUUACAAAAAAUAGUAUAUGCCUGUCAGACUAUCACUAGAGCAAUGGAAACUCACAAAGUUUAUUAUAACUCUAAACACCAAGAAUACAAAAUAAUAGGUACACGGCAUAUAACAAUGACAUCUGAGUCACGCAUUGCCACACAUGCAUGUUGCCACUAUUGUCAGACUAUUUAUUGCACUUUCAUAAAAUGUAACAAGACAGCCAAAUGGAAACAAAUCUAUUAAUAUAUGAUACAGCUCACUUAUAUACCCUUCCUCUAAAACAUUGAAUUUUACUUCUUCUUCUUUAAGUUCCAUCUUCUAUCGAAGGUUGGAAAUCAUCAUGGCAAUGCGGACCCAGUUGACUGCCGUUCUAAAUAGCUCUGCACUACUGCAUUCGAACUAGAUGGCUCUAAUAAUAUUCACCCACUGUAUGUAUAACGUUCACUCAAUAAUGUGAAGUUGCAUAAAAGAUUAAUGUAAGCUUCAAGGAAUUGAAGCUGAAUGUUGAAGAAAUGGUUUUGACAUAAGCCUAGGUAUGCCGACCGUCAUCAUUUUCUGUGUUAGAAAUUGUUUUUUCUUCGCUUUUCUUGCCAUCAGGUCAACUUUCAGAAGCCUUUUCCAUACUCACUUCAAUACAAUAAUCCAAUAAGUCCGUCCGAAGGUCUGUGUUUGUCACUCUUUUGAAUUUAGUUUGCUGUUUCUUUUUGGAAACAUGAUCCGGUAACUUAAAAUAUUCAACUCUUGAAACGCUUGAUUUUCCCACACCAACUGCCGUAGCUAUAUCUCACAGUCGUAGACGUAUCUUCUUUACUUUAGCACUCUUCUUAAGAAGUAAUAUCCAUCUUGAAUAGGCAAACGUAACACGUAUUACACGGAACACAACAUUAUAACCAUCGGCUGCCAAUUGAACUACUGACACUCUAAAGCGAGUAAAUUAUAGUCAAGAUCUAUCCAUCACACUGCCUGUAGGCAGAUCUAACCAGUUUGAGGCAGUUCGGGACAUCACAUAUAACUCAGACCAAAAAAACAUUUUGUUCCAAUUAAUGCGAUCAGUACAGUAUGUCUAAUUCGAGGAUGUUCCUUAAAAGCAAUUUCUUGUAACUUACGUUACAAGAAUAAUAUCAUGUGUAUAGCCAAAUUCAUUAUUGCCCUAGAAAUUUUGCGAGGGAAAUAUUAUAAUGUUCCAUGAACAAUGAUGAUCGAAUGUCCAUGUCCAGAUAUACUACCGUGUAUUGUUAGUGAUAGAAACAUUUCAACGUUAGAUCUGGUUAGACAGUCAUAUUAGGAAAAUGAUUUAUGAUUACUAAAGAUUUGAAAUAAGAUAAUUUUUAGAUUUUGUAACGGAAAACGUGUAACGUUAUAAAUAAGUGGACAAUGCAUAUGUCAGUUUAGAGAAAGACUGAUAGUUGCUUUCUGUCAUUUUGUGUGCGACAUAUGUUCGCUCAUGGUCUGCAAUAGUGGCACAACUCAAAAAACACUCGUUUUGGAAUGGGAAUAAGUGCAAUUUUUAAAAUAUACAUUCUUUUCAGCACCGAUACCGGGCAACUCAUAUUUAAUUAGGCCGUAAGAUCGCAGAAGUGUCGCUAUUGUAUGUGAUUAGUCUCAAAUAUUGACUAAAUUAUUGACACUACUCAGUUUGCUCCAACACUCGAUCGGAUCAGAGAUCCUAUUGUUGUUAUCAACAGGGGCACAUUUUGAGUUGGGUCAGUGUUGCAGGUCCUGCUGCAAUGGUGGCAUAGCUCAAAACAUUUUUUAAAAAUUGAGAUUUUAAAGAUGAGUGUAAAAACUAAAAUCAAAAUUAUACACAUUAUUAAAUGAUCCUGUAGAAAAGGUAUCAUUUUGAAGAUAAUCUUCGUUUAAGCAAACUAAAGCAUUGUUUAUCAAUUUUCCUUGGCAAUGAGAACUUUUAACCUAUUUAUAUCAAAACAUGAUUUUUCUGAGUUGUGCCGUCAUUGCAGCCCGUGAGCGGUUAAAUAAGGCAAGAUCGAUGGAACUAUACUAAUGGCAAUUGGGACCGUGCAAGUUCGGCAAAGCGACCUCUAUUUCUACGCUCUGUACUUUUAUUCGCACUUUUAAUUAUAUUGGCCAAUUAUAUUAGUCCUGGUUGCUGGAUAAUUGUCAAGACCAUAGUCCAAAAAAAUAAUAAGAAGAAAAAAUAAGAUGCAGGUUAUGUUUAGCAAACGUAAACAAAUGUAUGUAGUAAAUAAAAUCAGUUAUUAAAAUGCAGUACUGCAAGCAAAAUACAAUUAAUUAAAUUUACCUUUAUAUAAUAAUUGCAUAUCAUAUCAAUAUUGUGGAGCAAUAUAUAAUUUUUCUGCGUCAAUGACAGAAGGUAUGAAAUAUACGUCAAUUUGACAAUUUCAAUUGACAAUAUGAAUUAUUUAAGAUAGUUGCAAUAUUUCUACGCUACUCGCGCACGGUCGUUUCUCGUUUCCCUUUCCAAGUACUUGCACACCGCGAAUACUGAGUAGGUGACCAUUCAGUAAAUUUUUGGACAUGUCUCAUGGAAUUCAUAAACAAAUACCCUAUUUUUUAUAUAAAAACAUUUACUGACACAUUUUAGUCGAAUUUUUAUUUAUGUUGGGAAAUAACAUAGUUUCCUUGAUCGAUCGUCCAUCUCUAUGGUAUGUUUUGAAGAUGUGUGAAUAUUUGGUCCGUUUCCAGCUGUCUUAGAAUUUUGUAUUCAAGAUUUGCUUAAAAUUGCUUGUACAUAAAUCAAAGAGGUGUCUCAGAUGUAUCAUGUGGCGUUGGAACUACACUCUGGGCCAAAAUUAACCGGCCACCUUAAAAAUGGGUCAUUUUUGAUGUCUUAUAUCUACGAAACCUGUUGUCCGAUUUAAGUGACUUUUUUAAUAUGUUAUAGCCUUAUUCCUCGACAAUACCGCUAUAAUAAUAUUGUUGCUAAACUGGUAAAUUUUCAUUGUAUACCGGGUGUACGAAUCAAACUGUGUUUUUUUCUUAAAGUUUGCAUUACCCUGUGGAAUAUUCUAGCAUUUGUAGAAUACUGAAAUUAAAACCUAACUGUAGCCUCAUGCUUUCUCAACAUUUUGUCGUUUGAUUGAUUCGCUUAUGUUGGAUAAUAAAAAAGUUAGGUGCCUUAACAACUAGACAUGUUUUUUAUCAAUACAGGGUGUUUUUAAAAAUUUUUGGCAAAGUUUAAGGGGUAAUUCUGCAUGAAAAAAUAAUGACAGUUUGCUUUAUAAACUUAUGUCAGCAAAUGCUUCGUCUCCGAGAUAGGGGGUGUUGCAAUUUUUCUGACAAACUGACGAUUUAUUCAUUGCUUUAAAACCGGUUGAGAUAUGCAAAUGCAAUUUGGUGGGUUUUAUGAUGUAGUUAUUGCAUAUUUUUUGACAUACAAUUAAGAAUUUAAUAUUCAUCAUUAGCGCGCAUACGGGUAAUAUGAGCCAUCAUAUUACCCGUAUGCGCGCCAAUGGUGAAUAUUAAAUGCUUAAUUGUAUGCCAAAAAAUGUGCAAUAACUACGUAUUAAAUCCCACCAAAUUCUAUGUGCAUGUCUCAACCGGUUUUAAAGUA